UGAAAGAACCGGUUUUACUCCAAGGGUUGCGCUUGUAAACAACAACGUUAAUAAGAGAACAAGCAAAUCUUGUUUUUAUGUUUUUUAAUCAUAUCUGUACCUGUAAAUAUGGGUAAAAUCUAGCACUCUCCCGAGAAUCACCCGUCCUUUUGUUGGUAGAAUCUCCAUUUCAAGGCUGUUUCAUGAUGGCGAUGACUGGUGAUCUUUUCGAUGUCUGUGUUGUGGGAGCUGGCGUGGAAGGAAGUUCGGCUGCUAGAUAUCUUGCUUCAUGGGGGAAAAAUACACUUCUACUGGAACAGGUUAAAAGCUUAAAACUAAUAAUCGUUGCACCGAACUUUCCAAUAUGACUCAAUGGAUCACUUAUAGGUGGGGUUUUGUAAGCGCUGGGCGGUCUCGAUGGUUGAAACAUUCGUAGAAACCAAGGGAGAAACAAUUUAUUGAUAAAUGCUUCAAUGUUUAAAAAAGUGGGCAUUUUUCAGUCAUAGAGCUACCUAAUAACCCUGAUAUAAAGAACCCCAUAAUGAAGGAUGCUAGUAUAAUGACAUAAGGCACUCUGCCACAAUACUACGCCAGAUAUCAUACUUGACUUCAAAUUAUCCGGAUUAUACUCAUCUCUGGCUCAAUGCUAUUUCUGUUGUUUUAAGCUUAUUAAUACUCAAAUGUAUGGAAAACGAAACCGUUUUUCUUGAUACCAUAAAAUCCUCUAUGAAGCCUCCGGGGGCUUAUUUUUUUCAAGCACGUUUGAGGGGGGCUAAAAGAGAGCGGGGCUUAUUUAAUUUAGUGAAAUGCGUCAACAGGAGCAAGGUUUCUCGAGGACGGAUUUGUGGUUAUCGGUUGCUAUACUGCUUUUUCUAACAAUAAGAAAAUGGUAACAAUUCUCCACAGAGAACUGGAGCAUAAAGUUGAAAAAGUUAAGCACAUGAAGUUGGAGGUCAUGCAGCUGGAGACCAAAAACAACAUGAAUUUCCAGCCCAAAUAAACCAUAACUGAUCAGUACAUGUUAAUUGUUUGUGUAGAAUAAGGAUGGAGGGAAGGGGGGUGGUUUAUUAGAGAGGGAGGCUUAAUAGAGGAUUUACGGAACUCUCCGAGGGGGAUAUUAAGGGGUACCCAAUACUGCAAUACUGUAAGAAAAAUUGGCAAAUACCGAAACAAUGUGUCAAAAAUUGACGAAAUACCGGUACCGCAUCUAUGAUCGGUCGCGUUUACUUAAAGCUGUAUCCAUCUCACGUGUUUGUUUAUCUCAAGCAUGUAUUCAUCAGAAAUCAGCCUUACUGACAUUGCGAGAAAAUGUGAGAAGACCUUGAUCAGUACAACGAUCGAAAAGCCCGGUCAUUGGAUGCCCUCCCAAUUUCCUCAUAGAUUGUGUAAUCAUUUACCAUUAAGUCUAAAGUCUUAAAUAUUAAUUUUUAUUAAGCUUUUUAGCUUACUGUUGUUCAUGCUGCACUUUGUAUUGACCAGUAUUAGACAGGAGAGUACAAAUAAAUGGUACCACAAUACCAUGAAGGAUCUUACCAAAUACUGUUCACCAAAAGGAUGAAAAACCCUAUACCCGUAGGGCUAGAUGACACCGCAAUACUGCACAUUAAAAUCAAAAUUACCGAAAUAAUGCUUGAAAAAAGCUCAAUACUGUAAAUGCCCCACAUCCCACUCCUCUCUGCUACUCUUGUAUUGUACAUGGAAGUUCUGCCACAAGGUCCAACCUUUCCCCAUUUAUAUGCCUUUUUUUACUUAAAAGGUAUCCCUUUCAUGUACCUUCCAUUGAAAAGUGGUGCUUCUUUCACAUACCUAUAGUUAGUCUUCCUUUCAUUAUAUGUAGCAUUUGAUAAAUAAAAAUGAUCAGGCCCGCAGCCAGGAUUUUUUAAGGGGAGGAGCGUUCCACUGAGGAGACGAACCAAACACGACCUCGGAGGUGGGGGAGGGUGACUAGGUUGUCUGAGACUCGUCAGAAAUUUUGAAUUAAACUCCUAAGGGAGACUGAUCGGGGCAUGGCCCAAGCUUUUUUUGACCCCUAAAAGAGACCAUGUUAAAACACAGACAAUAUAUAUAUUUUUAUAUAAUUUUUCUCGUGUGCAACCCUUAACGAGACCUUCACAAGCAAAUAUGAUGGCAUUUUGCCCAGAACACCCUAAGUGAGACCAAAAUCCGAAAUUUACACCCCUAAGCGAGACGACAAGCAUCCCCACCCCUUUCAUAUGCAGAGUCCCCCUCCCCCGGGAACAGAGUAUAAAUAAUUUUUGUGCAAAUAGCUUAUCACACAAUCUGUAUAUUUUGGACAGACCAAAAAUACUAUCUAAUAAAGACAAUACGGCUUCGGACAUGAUGGCUGACUAAAUUUAAGUUUGCCAAAUUGGCAGCUUCUGUUGCAAACUUUGCCAUGGAAACCAAAAUGUACUAAUUUAAUCUUGUUGUUGUUGCACUGUAUAGUUUCCUCUUCCACAUUGUCGUGGAAGUUCACACGGUCAGAGCAGACUGGUACGUUAUGGAUAUUCACAGUCAUUUCUAACAGCAGUAAUGCCUGAGGCAUUUGAAAUGUGGAGUGACAUAGAAAAGAGAGCUGGCAGAACUCUUAUAAGGUUUGUGUAACAUUGUUACUAGUGUCAGGUCAGUCAUGAUUUUAGGACUAAGGUGUCUCCUGAAUGGAGGUUGAACCCAGUUUUGGGAGCCAGAAAAAGUGUCCCUUUCCCCUGAAUAGAUGUUUCGUUUACAAAGAUUAUAAAAUUGUGAUCAUUUGUCUGGACCAAAUUUUGUGUCCCCUGAAUGUGUCUCCCUUAUAGGCUGGGGUUAUUUUGUCAAUACCUAAUUAUUGGUCUAGAUUAAAAGUAGUUGCAGUGCGACUACUAUAAACAGGACCAGUAACACAAAGUUGAUCAAUCAAAUUACAGGAAAAUAACAUUACAUUCCAAGGAAGUUGGUUGUGCGUCAAUCAGCAGCUCAUAAAAAAAUAAUACAACAACAACAACAACAACACUUUAUUCACAUUUCCAUUAAAGGGUUUGUCAAACUUAUUGAAUAAUUAGUAACUUAACACGUAGAAUAUUCAAUUACAAUUUAAACUAAAUAUUAUUACAUAGAAGGAAAUGCCUAACGGCUAGAUAAGCGUAAGGUUUUCGAGCUAGCAACUAGUAAUAAGUUUCUUGAAGCACAAAAUUUAAUAUUGAUAGCAAAAUGUUUUUCAGGAAAGCAAAAUGUUUCACCACACAAUGUUUUUCUAUUCAAAACUUUGGAUACAACAGUCAGGAGAAAUCUUUCUUUGACACAAGCUGUUAUUUUGUCAUCUACCAACAAUUUCUUCUCUAUUAUUGCCACCCUUUGCAAUAACAUGUGACCACAAGUCAAAAAUAUAACUGUGGUUUAUGUUUUUUUGCCCCCGUCACUCACUCUAAUGGACAAUGGGAAACACUUCAGUGGGUUCAAAAGGUCAUUUCUGUAGGUUGUAAUUACAGAGAUGCCAACCUCUGGAGACCUAAAAUCGGGAGACUGUAUUUUUUUUACUCCCCCCCGGAAUUUCAACGACCCCCCCCCCCGGAAUGGGAAUGACUGAGGCAUUAUAUGACGUGUCACAUGAUGUACAUACUAUCGAAAUUCGAAUGCUAGAAAAAAUCUUUGUCAAUGACAAAAAUGCCCCAGAAACCAUACUGCGAAUAAGAAAAAUUCAAGUUUUGAGCUAAAAAUGGGCUAAAUCUCAAACUAAGUCUGUUUUAUUUUUUACUAAGUAUUCAAUAUUUAUAGUGGACGUAAAAAGCGGGAGAUUUAUGUACCAAAGCGGGAGAGCGGGAGACGAGGCAAAAAGUGGGAGAGUUGGCAUCACUGUAAUUGGUUGAUUUAGCUGCAUGUUGUUUAUGUUGUAGUUAAUUUUUUAUCUCAGUUAAUUUUUAUUUUUCCAUUGUUUUUGGGUAUGAUAAUGAAUGCUAAAGAAUUUGAAACAAAGGAAAUAUAAAAAUUAACUAAAAUAAAAAAUUAACUGCAACAUUUAUCUUGUUUUGUGGUAAUUAUGAUUGACAACUAACUUUCUUGGGCUGUAUUGUUAUUUUCCUGUAAUCCGAUUGGUCAUCCUUGUCUAGGUGGCCUUGGUUAUAGUAGUUGUACUAUAACAUAAAUGUUUUAGUCUUCUAAUAAGCAGGAUGUGAAAAUCUGAUCAAGUAAAUCAGCUAAUAAUCAUAUACAUAUGCUGGUUGGCCCAAUUCAUCUUCAUCUGUGACAUAACGAAAUGGAGCUUUUGUGACAAAAAAGAGACUACAUACAGGGCUGUCUCUAUGAUUGUAAGUUUCUGGGUAAGAAUGUUAAACUUGUAGGAUGGGAAGAAAAAAGCUAAGAAUUUCUUUUGGUUCUAUUUUAUUAUUUUUAUUUUAUGAAAGUAGCAGGGGACCACCCUCAUCGUAGCUGGUGAAAAUCCCUAGCUCCUAGCCCUUAAUAACAUCCCUGACAAAUAAGUGAUCACUGGUAGAAAUAGCAGUUGUUUUUUAUGGGCAUUGUUCUUGUCAUCUUAGCAUGGAUUUGCUUUCUGGCUUCAGGAGGUGUGGACUAUUAACGAUAGAAGAGCCACCCUACGAUGACCUGUCGAGAGUGAUAACUAACGUGAGGGGUGUGGGACAAGAGUGUUUGCAACUGACAGGAGAUGAAAUCAACAAACGAUUUCCAGGGUUAAGUCUCUCAUCUUCAGAGUGUGGGGCCUUUGAGCCUAGAAGUGGAUUGAUUCAAGCUGAUCUUGCUUUAACAGCCCUGCGGGUAAGCUGGCCCCAGUUGUUCAAAAGAGUGGAUAGCACUAUCCGCUGGAUAAAUCACUAUCCAGUGGAUCUUAGGCCUUUCAAUUCAAUUCAAUUCAAUUCAAUUCUUUAUUCACACUAUACAAGAUAUUUACAUAAGUGUACAUAGUAGGAAAAUAAAGUAGCUACAAAUAAUAAUUCUACCAAAUCAUUACAUACAUCUGGGUUACCAUGAGAUGCGCACGCACCGCCGCAGGUCAGUGCAUGUAUCGUUCGCCGUGGGUUUAGUCGUGUGUAUUUUUCUCCGAUAUUUCUACGCCGUUGGCAGCUGCUUAUCACGGUAAGUUUACAGUUACUUUUUCGUUUAUUUUUCUUUUACUGUGGACGCGCUCCACAUUACAUUUUCCAGCCGUUAUUGUCUGGAUUUUUUCCUUUUUCGUGCUCUGUGAUGCGUCACAGGCGGUCUCGGCUCUUUUGCCGAAUUAUAAUUUUAUGAGAAGACUCCUGGACGUGUCCAGAGUUUAAGCAAUUGUGGUGUAACGCGUUUAUACCCUUUCCCCGUAUCUUUACAAGUCUCAACGAGUUUGUGACUAGCUACAUAGCUGGUUAUUUGGACCGAUUGUUUUGAUACCACGUGGCGGACGAGUCCGCCAUUUUGUCGUGCAAAAAGCUUGACGUGUUCUUUAUUCAUCUUAAUUUCUUCAGACGAUGUCUGAGGAGUCUCAGAAAAUUACAAAUUCUGGAGGUACUUCGCCCGUGGACUUCAAGGCGAUGUUUGCUGAACUUUUAGAUGAUGCCAAAAGAGACAUUUUGGCUCACGUGCAAGACUCUAUCGAGAAGGUUUAUGCCGAUUUUGAAGAUUAUGAGACCGGCCCUGAGAGCGGUGAAGCGAGCACUGAGUGUUCGGAUACAGCUGUUGCAACGACUGUUGCAACUAAAAUAAAUGAUUUUAUCCAGCCAAAAACGUCAGACCCUGCUGAAGGCUCGGAUGGCGGUUCCUUUAAAUCACUCGCUGAUGAAUUUAGCGUUCUAGAGAAACUUCACCUGCCAUAGAUGCAAAUUUGGCAGAAAUAGUGAAGAGUCUGCUUACAGAGAAGCUCACAAAAAGCAAAGUUGGCGAGGUACAGAACAAGUACCUCAGACCUGAAAACUGCACUAAUUUGGUUGCACCCAAGAUAAACAAGCAAAUUUGGCAACAAUUACGACAGGAGACCAGAAACAAUGAUUCAGCCUUCCAGAAGGCACAGUCCUUGCUCUUGUCAGGUUUAUAUGCUGUACUUCAGCUGUGCAACAGUGCAAAUGGGGAUCAGAGGAAUGUUUUGACCCAUACAGCAGUCCUGCUGUUGUCAGCAAAUAGAGAGCUUAAUCUGAAACGAAGAGAUCUCAUUCGUCCUGACCUAAACAAGCAAUAUGCUCCUUUAUGCAACCCAUCUACAGCUGUGUCAACAUUCUUGUUUGGAGAUGACCUAAACAAAGAAGUGGAAGAGUUAACAAAGUCACAAAAGCUCAGCAAUAAAGUGACUCUAAGAGACGCAUGGAACCUUACAAAGUCCCCGCCUCUAGGGUGUGCGUGGUCGUGGCCGCUUCGGUCAUAGUGCUGGCAGGGGAAGAGCCUCCUCUAAUUCUUUUUUAGGUCAAGGCCGGGGCCAUGCUCGGCCCCACCAGAAUCCCAGGACCUCGGCAACCAAGACCCAGUAGGAUCACCAGCUGAGGUAAGUCAGACAACUCUUGCUACUACUAUUAUUGCAAAUCAAACUCCUUUUAAGGCAGGAGGGCUGCGGGACUGUCUUCAUGUAUGGAAGACUAUCACAUCAGAUCCUUUUAUCUGGGAUGCAGUUACUCACUGUCAUAUUGAAUUUGACUGGGAACCUGGAGUAUGUACUAGUGUUACUAGGCCUUUUUGUUCCUUUACUGAAAUUGAACAGACUGUCAUUGACAAUGAAGUAGAAAAAUUCCUUCUUAAAGGGAUAAUAAGGCUAUCAUCACAUGAGGAUGGCCAGGUGAUAUCUCCAAUUUUUACAAGGCCUAAGAAAGAUGGGUCUCACAGGGUUAUAUUUAACCUAAAGAAACUGAAUGAGUCAGUGACAUACCAUCAUUUUAAAAUGGACACGUUAGAGACAGCUAUUAGACUCAUGAGGCCUGGAUGUUACAUGACAUCUAUAGAUCUGAAGGAUGCGUAUUACUCUAUCCCUAUUGCAGAAGAACAUCAGAAAUAUUUAAAAUUUAUUUGGAGGGAUCAAUAAUUGAUCCCUCCAAAUAAAUUUUAAAUUAUGUGCUUUCACUAGCCUGCCUAUGGGAUUGACUAGUAGCCCUAGGAUUUUUACGAAAGUUCUAAAACCAGUCUUUAGCCACUUGAGGAGUCAGUUUGGCCACACCUGUCUGGGCUAUAUUGAUGACUCUUUCUAUCUGGAAGAUAGUUAUACAGAGUGUGAAGAAGCCACAUUACGUGCUAUACAACUUUUUGUCAGUCUGGGUUUUAAAAUCCAUCCAGAAAAGUCCGUUAUUAUACCAACACAGAUCUUAGAGUUUUUAGGAUUUAUUUUGAACUCUAUUCUCAUGUUAGUUACUUUGACUAACAAGAAAGCUGUUAAAAUUUUACAGUUGUGCCAAAAGUUCUCUCUUCCAAAUAAACGGUUUACUAUUCGUGAAGUUGCAUCUUUUCUUGGGACCUUAGUCUCCAGCUUUCCAGGCGUGGAAUUUGGCCCUUUACAUUAUCGCCACAUUGAGGUUGACAAAGAAGCAAAUUUGAAAUUGAACCGGGGGAAUUUUGAUUCAUUCAUGACCUUGUCUCAUGACA